GCUGAUUCUAAAACGAAUUACUGCGAAUGGCACAUUUUCUUAUCUAUCGUUUUGAUAAGCAUAAAAGCGUCCUCUGGAAUCCGCGUGUGCAGUAAUCAACAAUAAAUGUCAUGACAUAGCAGAUUGCAAAAACUGUGUCAAACCGUUGCUAGGGAAGCGCGUAAAAGACAGUGCGCUCCAGACGUGAUAAAAGCAAAUCUAAUUUGCCUACAUUACGAAACCGCAGAUUGAUUUUAUUACAAGGGGACCUAUAUUAGAUAGUGUGUAGCUGUGUCAAGCAGUGGUGAUACUUAAAAUCUGAAGCUUCGCGACCGUUGCCCCCAUUUUGUCCAAGAUGUUAACCCUCUAUUACGUGAGCGCCACUUUGGUGCAGUCCUGGCGUAUUCAAAGGGCUUGCAACAAAAUUGCUGAGCAAUUAGCGCAGUCAUCAAGCGUAGCGUUUUAUGCACUACAAUCUGGCAAAGACGAUGGCUUCGAUCCCACAAUAGCCAGCUCGGAGCUGUGCUGUAAUCGGAACGUGGCUAAGGUAACGGAUAUACUGUGGUUGCAUGGCAACCAGCAUGGCUGCUGCCUGCGUCCACUGCAAUCAGUGCAAAUUACGCCAUGGAUUAGCUUUCCACCAGCCCCAAGUUUGCUACCUUUCGCCUAUGCUGCUGACACAGCAACCCCCACAGUAACUCCAACAGAAAUCGAGCCGCAACCCAGAAUAAGCCUGUCCUCGGAUACGGCGCAGCAUCUACAAUUGUUGAUCGAGGCUAAUAUUGAUUUGCAACAGCGGGAAGCGAGCACAGAAAGCUGUGUACCGGUAAAGCUGGAAAAUUACGGUAAGCUAAUUGCAUGGAAAAUAGAUUCCCACCUGGCGGUGCUCAUCGAAACGGAUAUUGAGCAUUUCACAAAACUAUUGAUAAUGACAUUUUUACAAAAUAAUUUAUACAUUAAUGAUCAGCUGCCAUUAAUGAGGAUUGAGUCUGUGCAGCGCGAGGGUGAACCCCAGCCUUUUCAGCUGCUGGCUAAUCAUCUGAAGCGCCAAUCCCGCAAGGCGGCCGAAGUCAGUGCAGAGGGCUGGCAAAAGCAUCUGGAGGAUUUGCGAGCUCUAGGCGUAUUGGCUCAUCAGGCUACUGAGUUCGAGCAGCAGAAGAACCGCAAUGAAUUGAAGCCCAGUACUCCUAAGCAGGAGCCCUUGUUGCAGCGACAGGAGCAGUCGCCCGUGGCAGCUCAAGCUAGUCUUAAGGCAGUGGCUGUAGUAGAGCCCACCACCAAGAUAUCGUCUCCUGCCAAGCCAACCCAUCUGAAGCAGCCGACUCCAGUUGAACAUCUCCUAAGCAAGCCUAGUGAUUUCAAUAAAGCGACUGCCACAACGAAGACUGAAAAUCCAUCAACCAACACCAGAGAAAUGGAAAAGUCACCAGGAGUUCAGGACAAUGCAGGCACGCCCAUCGCAAAGGCAUCUACACCGAGCAGAAGCUUUGUGGCUGUGAAGCCAAGUUCACCACCGUCCGAGACUCCAUCCGCCGCCCGACCACGACCCAUUUUGCGUCGUAAUAAAAAUAGCCUGGGCGAAAGUAAACCGCUAAAUGUACUUGUCUACUCGGACAGCGCCAGUGCACGUGAUUCGGCAAUGGUUACACUGCGUCAAAUCCUGGAACCAGACCUGUAUACUAUAUAUGCGCUAACACCACAGCAGGCGGCACAGAAACAUUGGUUGGAGCAAACGGCGUUAUUGGUGGUCUGUGGCUCUGUGGCUCCGUCUAUUGGCCAGAUAUUAGUCGACUAUUUUCUACACGGUGGCAAGGUCUUAAGUCUCUGUUCGGAUAUUCUACAUUUUAUAUUACCCAAUUAUCGCACUGCGGAGGUUCGCGAGCACGAAUUGGUUCAGUUUUCCUAUGAUAAAUGGCAACGGGUGAAGAUGAUGCACCAUAUUUUUUGCUACCAGCCUUCUCCGGUUAAGAAAAACUUCUCCACCGACAGCGAGGAGUCGUCGGUCCAAUCGCAUUCACGUAAAUCAGCUCUAGUAUGUCCAAGGUCCAUGGAUUUAAAGGAUUUGACCGGUCAGACACACCAGCUGGAAGUUAAAGUGUUGGGCACUGAGGAGACCUGGAAUACACCUAGUCUGAUGUUGGCAAAAAGCUUGCAAAGCGGCGGCAAAGCCGUUUUUUCUCAGGUUCACUUGGAGACUAAUCCCAACGAGUUUGAGUUUGAUGAAGUCAAGUUUGCAAUCUUAAAGCAAAGCGAACGCAUACGUAUUGAAAUCUUUACGGACCUGUUGAGCAAGUACCUGGAGGUGCAGGUGCGAGGUACCGACUCUGAAGGUGCUGCGUCUGCCGCAGUUGUUUUCAAACAUGCAUAUUUCUUGGGUCGUCAUGAGUCCAAGUUUGAGCUCCUGGAGAAGUUGCGUCCACGUUGCACCGGCAACGACAACGUCAUCAUAAUGCCCAAAUUAUCUAUCAAGUUCUGUGGCAAAGAUGACAAGCCGCCGGCCGCAAACGCAAAUGUAUUACCCAUUCUGAUACAUUCCUGUCCAGAUGAUUUCUCCACAGUUGAUUACUUUGAUAAUCUGAAAACGGAGCACAUUGGACGCUUGGUCAUCUAUGCGCCAGUCUUAAGUAGCUCCAUGCAUGUCAUCAACGACAUGGAGCUAGUCCAUGGCAUUGUCGUGCUGCCGGUUCAACAGACAGCGGGAGUCGGUCGCAGUAAUAAUCAGUGGCUGAGUCCAUUGGGAUGCGCAAUGUUCUCUACACAACUGCACAUCGACAUGGACUCGCCUUUGGCCACACGUCUACCGUUGAUACAGCAUCUGAUUGGUGCUGCACUUGUGAAUACUCUUCGAGGUCAUAAGCUAUAUAGGGUACUCGAUGUUGCUUUAAAAUGGCCAAAUGAUAUUAUAGCUAAUGGAAAUAUCAAAAUUGGUGGAGUUGUUGUAAAUACCACAUUAUUGGGCUCACAGGCAAUUGUAAAUGUUGGUUGCGCAAUUAAUUUAAACAAUUCAAAACCAACGUUGUGUAUUAACGACUUAAUAAAUGAGUAUAAUGUGCGAGUCCCUAACUCCAAACUACCUUUGCUGAAAUAUGAGCUGUUUAUUGCAAUGAUUUUUAAUGAAAUGGAAAAAAUAUUGACAGAAGUACAAAACGGAAAUUUUGAAAAUUUCUACUCUUUGUACUAUGAUCUUUGGCUGCAUAGUGAGCAAAGCAUUGCUAUUUGUCUGCAAAACGAACAACGAAAGGAAGCCAAAAUUAUUGGUAUUGAUGACGUUGGCUUCUUAAAAGUUAAAUUGGCGAAUGAUACGAUUGAAACUGUUCAACCUGAUGGUAACAGUUUUGAUAUGUUGAAAGGAUUGAUAGUACCUAAAUACAAUUAGAAAAUGCAUUAUAUGAAUU